GCGAGCGACGAACGCACCACCGUCUGUCGCCCGCUCACGGACCACGAUGGCCGCGCACACCGUCGUCGGCGUCCAGGCGUCUCUCGCCCCGAGGCGCUCUCGCGUCGCCCCCGAGCUCACCAGGCGCGGCGGCGCGCCGCGCGUCCGAUCGGCGAGCGCGCGUCUCACCGUCAGGGCCGCCAAGGGCGACGUGUUGCUCGAGGUGAAGGACCUCAGCGCGAAGGUCGCGGAGACGGGCGAGGAGAUCCUGCGUGGCGUGACGCUGACGAUCAAGGAGGGAGAGACGCACGCCAUCAUGGGCAAGAACGGCAGCGGCAAGUCCACGUUCACCAAGGUUCUCGUGGGCCACCCGUCCUACGAGGUCACCGGCGGCACCGCGACGUUCCGGGGGCAGGAUCUGUUCGCGAUGGAGCCCGAGGAGCGCGCGCGCGCCGGGCUGUUCCUCUCGUUCCAGUCCCCGAUCGAGGUCCCGGGCGUCUCCAACACCGACUUCCUCCGCAUGAUGUGCAACGAGCGGCGAAAGGCGCGCGGCGAGCCCGAGCUCGACCCGCUCGAGUUUUACGGAUUUCUAACCCCGAAACUGGACCAGCUCAACAUGGACCCCUCGUUCCUGGCCAGGAACGUCAACGAGGGCUUCUCCGGGGGCGAGAAGAAGCGCAACGAGAUACUCCAGCUGGCGGUCAUGGAGAGCGAGAUGUCCAUCCUCGACGAGAUCGACUCCGGGUUGGACGUCGACGCGCUUCGAGACGUCGCCGCCGCGGUGAACGUCCUCAAGGAUGGGGACAAGGGUUUGCUGCUCAUCACCCACUACCAGAGGCUUCUCGACGCUAUCCACCCGGACUUUGUUCACGUCAUGCAGAAGGGAAAGAUCGUCCAGACGGGCGACGUGUCCAUCGCGCGGAAGCUGGAGGAGGGAGGCUUCGAGGCGCUCGCGGCGUGAUUCGAUCCGUGGACGCGAGGAGAGACGACAGCCGAGGCAUUGUUCACAAAGUGUUACCUUCGAAGGUACUUAC